AUGGCAACUAAAGUUAUAUGCAACGUAGCGGCGGCCGCUGUUGGAACUGCAGGAUUAUGUUUCGUAGCGUAUUCUGCGUACUAUAUCCACUACAAACGCCCAAAUGAAAGGAAAUUAAACGACCAACCAAGUGAAGAAGAAGGCGUUGCAGUUGAAGAACGCAAUUUAAAAACCAUUAGACUACUAAGCGAUAGACUAAAAUCAAUAACAUCGAAAUUAAUUUCAGGUUUUACUCGACAGGGUCGAAUAACUGACGGAGAAAGCGGUGGAACGGUGGUAGAAUACAAUUGGACAAAUGUCCAAUCGCUUUACGAACGCGUUAAAUUACUUUUACCGUGUUCACUAUCCGGUUUUAGUAUUAAACGAGAAGAAAAUAAUGGAGAAGUCGAACCUAUAACAAUUGAAGAACUCGAUGGAACAACGGAGGAAGAUCGUGAUUUGGAAAGCGACCGGUUAUUAAAUAGAAGAAUGAGGCAAAAAGUAAUAAGUAUAGUCUCAGGAAUAUUUUGA